AUGGCAUUUGAAUCUACCAUCAAGAAAAUCGUCUGGUAUGGCGUGACCAGACUCGGCAGUCGAGUUUUGCUGCGCAUUGCUGCACUCAAGAAAUACGACAUUACUUUCAUCGGUCGCAAAGAACCGUCUGAGUACAAGAAUGUACCAGAAGGCAUUCCUAUCGUACAAAUAGACUUGAAGGACCAUAAAAGUCUUGUCAAUGCAUUGACGGGGGCUGAUGCCGUUGUCGUGUUCACUCAAUUCAAUCCAGGCGGAGAUCUCGACAUUGUUCAGAUUGCGCUCAUCAAUGCAGCUAUAGAGGCUGGAGUAAAGCUCUUUGUGCCUUCAGAAUGGGCGCCCGAUACUGCAGGUGGAAAUGGGGCAACGAUUGCAAGAAUUGGACCAAACACUUUGCCUCCCAAUCCUGCCGUCGCAACAAAGAGGGCAGUUCAUAAUUACCUGAUGGCUAGAUCUGCUGCAAACCAGAUUGACUUUGUAAGCCUACAUGUUGGCAACCUUCUGAUAAAUCUAAGUGCUUUUGCGUCUUUGGACAUGAACAAACGUACUGCCUCGCUUGGCGACGAUGGCCAUGGACUCAUCUCCGUCUCCAGUAUCGACACGCUCACGAGAGGUCUCGACAGUCUUUUGACCAAAUAUCCAAAGCUUAAGAACGACUUCUUCUACAUCUGCGACGGCGAAACUAACCUGCAGCGUAUCGUGAAAACCUUUCAGGAGGCUUCAGAGACCAAGGAGCCAUGGAAAAUCACUUCGUUUUCAAUCGCCGAGAGAAAGCGGCAAGCAGAUGAGAAUAUGCGCAACGGAAUAUUCACCAAUAGAGAAUUCGCGGCUGUUCUUACUUUUCCAUUUACUGGUGGUUUGACAGUCUGGCAGAAUCCCGACAAUGAAAGCCUUGGCUUGGAGCCACCUAGCGACGAAAAGGCUCAGAAGGUUGUUGAUGACUUUGUACAAAAUUCGAUAUCAAGGGGAUAUGUCAGUUAG